UGCUUUACUAGUGAAAGAACGAAGGCCAAACACAUCCUUAAACACGGAGCAACCAAAUUAUGAUCCAACGGUAAAAGAAACGUGAAGAAGAAUCCCCAGCCGUGUGAUGAAACAGUAGAAAUAGGCAGGCCGUUCGUCGCUAGGAUUAGCACAAAAGGACAGUGAUUAAUUAAGCCCACGUGGCACGAACACAAUUACCGGGUUUUUUCACUAUAAGUAUUCGCGUUCAGCAGCCGCAAGGAGCCACAGCUUCCUAGGGAGAGCGAAAUCUAAAAAACAAAGGCAUCUCUAGGGUUUUCCCUCUUUAUUUCUUGGUAGAAAAUCAUGUCUGCUGAAAGGGUUACUGGGAAGGUCAAGUGGUUCAGUGACCAGAAGGGGUUUGGCUUCAUCACCCCUGAUGAUGGCGGCGAGGACGUCUUCGUCCAUCAAUCAUCUAUUCGAUCCGAGGGUUUUCGCAGCCUUGGAGAGGGCGAGGAGGUCGAGUUCGUGAUCGAAUCUGAUGGGGCCCGCACCAAGGCGGCUGAUGUGACUGGCCCUGAUGGCGCUCCUGUUCAAGGUGGAGGAGGCGGAGGUAGCCGUGGAGGCGGCGGAAGGGGCGGCGGAGGCCGUAGUGGGCGUUACGGAGAUGGUGGUUACGGUGGUGGAGGCUACGGCGGCGGGGGUGGAGGUUAUGGAGGAGGAAGAGGAAGGGGCGGUUAUGGCGGCGGAGGGGCUUGUUACAACUGUGGACAGGCUGGGCAUCUGGCUAGGGAUUGUCCCCAAGGAGGCGGCGGUGGUGGAGGGAGGUAUGGAGGCGGCGGCGGCGGUGGCGGUGGCGGUGGAGGUGGUUUGAAUUGCUACAACUGUGGAGGGUCGGGCCACUUCGCAAGGGACUGCCCUAACGGUGGCCGUUGAGUUGAGUCUAAGUGUAAAAAUUGAUCUUUUUACAUAAUAUUCUAGCUCUUUAGCCAUUAAUUUAGGCUCUGUUUUGUUGGGUUUUUGGUUUGAUAACUCAUGUGAUAAUUUCGGUUUCUCUUUUCUUUUUUCAAUUAAGCUUGGUUUUGGUUGGGUGGGUUUGUUAUAGAUCUCUGAUCUUUUGAUGGGUCAUGGCGACUCUCUGUUUUAUGGGUUCUUAUUACUAAAAUCAAAUUCAGUGUUGUGAUGAAGAAGACGAAAGUCAGUGGAGAGAAUGUGAGAAGGCGAUGGUGAAAUCGGUGUUAACUCUCACUGUUUAUACGAAAUAUAUAUCAAUACAAGCUGGUUUGGUUCAA